CACAAACACAAACAGGUGCUGAGAGACAUGUAAAGCACAGCUCAAAUCAGUAAUCCGUUUCAAAAAGGCUGCAAUAUGACCUGCUUGCAUUGGGUAGCCUCUUUCUUUGCCCUGUGGUAUAUGUGACACCUAACUCCUCAUGAAUCAUUCAGCCUGGGAGAGAAAGUGCUUCCUAUUUCCCUGAGAACUAUCUCAGAGUAGUAUACUCAACAGUGCAAGAUGAUGCACAAAAUUAGGGAUUGUUGCUGGCCAGUCCUUCUCUGGUGGCUCUCUAGCCCAGCACUAAGGAUUGCUUUUGGACUGAAUGCAACACGAACGAAUCAGCGCCAACCCUCUUGUCAGCCAGGCCACUACUGUCCAGAAGGCAGCGAAAUUGCAGUUCCAUGUCCCAGAGGCACGUUUGCACCAAGUUUUUGGGCCAGGGACAUCAACGGCUGUAUUAGCUGCCCUCCACAUCACUAUGCUCCCACAGAGGGUCUGUCUGCCUGUCUGCCCUGUGGAUCCAGAGCUCGGCAGCCUCUACCCAGGCAGGAUAAAUGUGUAUGCCUAACAGAGGGCCAAGUCUUCCAAGCCAGCGAUGGGCAGUGCCAUUGUGCUUUGGGGUACCGCUCUACACAAAGUGGGGAUGCCUGUGAGUUAAAGAUAUAUGAGAUCUGCAAAGAUGGACAAGCACGGGACCAGUAUGGCAAGUGUUUGGAUCGAAGGCAGUGGAAACACCUUUGUUCUAAUGAGGUGUGUGCGUCUCCACAGCUGUAUGAGGGUUAUGAUGCCUCCCUGGGUCUGUGUGUCUGCAAAAGUCUGACUGAUCCAGGAAGAAGUGAGUGCUCAGGAUGGUGUGGAGACAGGAUGAGACCUGUGUUGCAGCUGGUGUGCAGUUCUGCUGUCCUUCAGCUGCUUUACACUGAGGCAAAUAGACAGGUUAGUGCAUCAGGAAGUGCGCUUUUAUCUAUCCUCAAACAUUGGGAGUCCCGAGGAAGGCUGAGGUGUGAGCGGCAUCAUGGGUUCUCCAAGCCUGUGUACACAAUACAGACAAGGGAAAGUGGCUUCUAUGGCUUCCUCCACACUAUCCCAGUAGGAGUACGGAUUUUGAUCUUGGAAGGUGGUCAAGUGAGCGAUAGUUUUGCUGAGAUCAUGAACAGAAACAGCAUAGGAAACCAUACCUACAUAGAUACAGAAUCCUACUGGUUCAUGGGUUCUGCUUCAAGAGGAGCCAGCAAUAGAGAAGCCACUCAAGUGAUGAACCCGAUCACAUGCUUGCAUCUGGAUGAUAUCCUUUUAUUCACUGUGACCAGGCACCACUAUCCGCAGUAUGAUGUAGAGAACUUAUUCAACACAAAUGCUGCUUUUGACUGGGGAGUCUUUAGAGUAUUGGAACAAGAGCUAGCAAUGGCACAAUCUGCAAACUCCCUCUUUUCCGUUAGCUUUAGUGAGCCUGGUGUGUAUGUCAUCAAACUGAGCAGCAAUCAACACAAGCAUGUGGUAUUGUCCGCAUUUAACCUGCCUUUAACUGCAUCCAAAAUAUUACCAUGCUCUCCAUAAG